AAUAAGUCAGUGUCACUAUAUAUCAACUCUAGCUGGAUUUAAACACUCAGUUCAGAUCAGAGGAAGUUCUCAACCACAGGAGGAGCUGAUGAUGAUUAAAGGAGGAGCUGUAACUAUAUAAUGAAGAGAAAGACUGACAGAAACAGAAACAGAAAAUGGCUGAUCAGUGUGAUCUGUGUCUGCUGGGACUGAUCAUUCUCUCUUCACUUCUCACAGGUACCAGUGGAGUGGAUUAUGAUCAUGUGUUCAUCAGUUCUGGUGAAAAUGUCCGUCUGCCCUGUAAUAAUGCUCUUUCUGACUGUAAAUCAACUACAUGGAAGUAUUACAGUUUCGGACACUCAGCAGCAGUUGGACUGAUUGAUCGAGGGAUAAAGAAUAAACACACAGAGAGACAUGAGAGACUGAGUCUGGGGUCUGACUGCUCUCUGAACAUCAAGAGCAUCACAAAAGAAGAUCAUGGAUAUUACAGCUGCAGACAAUAUGUGAAAGGAGAACAACAAGGACCUGAUGCUGGUGUUCAUCUGCAUGUUCUUCAUGUUUCAGUGUCUUCUUCAUCAUCAUCAUCAUCAUCAUCAUCCUCACAGACUGAGAUCAGUCCAGGUCGCUCUGUGACUCUCUCCUGUCAGUUGUAUUCUAGAUUCCCCUGUGAAUAUUGGGUCCGUUCUGAGGGUCUUCAGCUGUUGUGGGUGAAUCAGACUGGUGUUGAUUUGACGACAGACUCCAGAUAUCAGAUAUCAUCAGAUCACUGUAUCAUCACUCUGACUACAACACUCCUGAAUGAAGAUGACAACAGAGAGUGGAGAUGUCAGCUUACUCUCAGAAAUCAACUCCAGACCUCAGUCAGAUACACUGUCAAGUAUUCAGCAUCAGAAACUGAAGUCAGUGUGACUGCUGGAUCAUUAUUCAGAGUGAUUGUGAGUAUUGUUGAGAUGGCAGUGUUUGCUGCUCCUACUGUGAUUCUUCUUCAGAUCAUCUGUGCAAGAAGAGCUGGGAGGAAGGACUCGCAGCACCCAGAGGAAAUAGAGAUGCCUACAAUAUUACAAUAAAAUACUGCUGAGUUUGGAGACCAUCUGAAACAAGAUUUAAAACAGCAAAAACUCACAGAGGAUUGUUCAUUGUUUGAUUUUCUUCUUCUCAGAAAACAGAGAAAAACUCCCUGAAGAAAUAGUGACACCAUCAAGUUUAGAUUCAAAUAUCUUGUACAAAUAAAAGGCCAGAUUUAUGUUCAUUUAUAUGGUUUGAUGGAUAUUUUCCUACAGUGUUGAAUGUCAUUUUCUUGUGCUUCAUAUAUAAACUGCUUUAAAUAUAAUAUUAAAUACAGUAAUGGACAGACUGUUUGUAAAAUCCUCUCUCUGUUCUGUGUGAUGAAGAUGAUUUGCUGAUUAUCAUAUCUUGUCUUUCAUUCCUGUUUUUAGCAUCUUUGUUCAUUUUGAAUGAUUUCUACUAAUUUUCUUAAUUAAACCUCAGUAAUUGUUUA